GGGGGAGGUAGAAUCCUCCGUUCCCCUCCCACUGGAUCCGCGUCUGCAUUUAAUGGAUGCUAAAAUUGAGCAUUCGGAGAGUCCACCUACCCCUAAUUUUCACCGUGUAUCGGUUCAUCCACCGCCAAACGCGGGCGCUUCCGUUGUGUUGGAUUUCGCCGCCUUCGUCUUUCCUAUGGAUGGAGAGAGAUAUAUAAGAGGCUGCUCCGCCCAAAGACUUCACAAUACAAAGUCAGUCAUGAUCGGGACACAUCGUGCAACGUUGCUAAGUCUAUUAUUGCACAUCCUGUUCAAUAAGCUAGCCGGCCAGCAGGUCCUCCUCGCGCGUCCCCAGAGAUCCCUUUUCGAAUCUCCGCUGAACCACGUGGAGCACCUACCUCCCUUGGGCUGGAAUAGUGUGGGCGGCGGAUUCGGAGCUGGCGAGUGGGCCUACAGUCCCGUUGGGCUAGGCCACAUGAGCAAGGAUGAGCUGCUGACCCUACUAGAGGCCUGGAAGGAGGUGGAACAGGAAUCGGCUACGACGACCACAGCGCCGCCAGCGGAGACCACCACACGCAGAACACCUCCUCCGCCACCGCCACCUCCUCCACCACGCCCCAUUCCCAUUCCAAUUUCCAUUCCCAUGCCUGCUCCGGGUCUUCCAUCUUUUUCCCAAUCGCCAUCCGGAACCCCCAUUACAGUCCAGCUCCCAGCUUUUGUGCCUGUACGCCUGGCUGCCGUGUUUACUCCGCCUUCCGGUGGAGCUGAUGCGGAAGGAGCUGAUGAUGGUGCUCCGCCUUCUCCCGAAAGCGGAGAUGCUGGAGGAGAUGACAUGGUCCCUGAUGACGUGCCAGAUGACGAUGCCACUCCUCGUCUGUUUCGUUUUAUGCCCAUGCCAGUGGUUCGAGCCAGAACCCACUCCCAUUCACAGCCCAGGCAGCAGUUUGUGGUGAGGAACACUCUGGACAGCGUAGAUGCGGGCACUGCUCCGGUCAGACAACAGGUUAAGCCGGAAGUCAAGCCCAAAGCGAGUGCAUAUGCAGCUCCUCUGUCCAUUCCCAAAGUUCCUAGCCACCCAGCUCCCAUUUUCCGAUCCAGAUUUGGCAUGCCUCCGCAUCUGGCCAAUGCACGCUUCGAACUGGUGCCCUCCUCACAAGUCAUCGGCGACUGGCGGGAGUGAUCCUGUACCUCAACUACCUGAUUCCAUAACCAAAAGAGAAGAGUUCCCACCAAGGAACCAAGCAACUUCCGAAGGAGGCUUCCAUGCUGGAUUAUCCCCACUGCCUCUUAUACUUACUUGUAACAUAUUUUUUUUUUUGGGCCAAAAUACAAUAUGCAAUUAGUCAUAGGUAAGGAACUUACCUUUUUAUUGUUGUUAAUGUUGUUUAACUUAG